AUGAAUGACGCAAAGCAGGUCCUCAAAAAUCUCCAACGAAGGGGAAUAAUGACUUCUGAUCUACUGCUGGCUUUUUCAAAAUCUCCUGAACUGGAGAGCAGAGAGAUUUCCCAAGCAGCUGAAAGGAUGGAAACUUCAAUACAUCUGUUGAAAGAAAAAGUAUGCCAGAAGCAGAAACGUUCAGUGCAUCCAACUGAUCUUUUACCAGCUGAUCUGCUCAGGAAAAUUGCCAAUAUGUCUGGUUGCCUACCUUACAUGCUGCCACCAAAAUGUCCAAAUAAUUGCUUAGCCAAUAAAUACCGACUCAUUACUGGUGCUUGCAAUAACAGGGAACACCCUAGAUGGGGAGCAUCAAACACAGCUCUUGCUAGAUGGCUCCCUCCAAUUUAUGAAGAUGGAAUCAGCCAGCCCAAAGGAUGGAAUCCCAGCAUGUUGUACAAUGGAUUUGAGCUACCACCGGUCCGUGAAGUGACAAGAAAAAUUAUUCAUGCAUCUAAUGAGGCUGUUACUGAUGACAACCUAUAUUCUGAUAUUCUUAUGCUGUGGGGACAAUACAUAGAUCAUGAUAUUGCAUUUACACCUCAGAGCACAAGCAGAGCUGCCUUCCUAAGAGGGGUGGAUUGCCAACUGACAUGUGAAAACCAAAAUCCAUGUUUUCCAAUGAAGGUAUUUCCCAAUGAUACACUGUCCACUGGAAUGGAUUGCUUGCCCUUUUACCGUUCUUCUCCUGCAUGUGGCACUGGUGAUCAUGGCAUUCUCUUUGGAAAUCUAUCAACAUUAAAUCCAAGAGAACAGAUUAAUGGCUUGACCUCCUUUCUUGAUGCCUCCACUGUUUAUGGAAGCACACCUGCUAUGGAAAAAAAGCUGAGGAAUUUUACAAGUGAUGAAGGCCUCCUUAGAAUAAAUGCGCAAUAUUACGACAAUGAUCGGGAAUAUUUACCUUUUGUAGACCAGGUCCCAUCACCCUGUGCACAAGACCCAAGUUCAAAUGAAGCUGAAAGGAUUGAAUGUUUUAUGGCUGGGGACAGCAGAUCUAGUGAAGUAAUCUCAUUAGCAGCUAUGCAUACAUUGUGGCUGAGAGAACAUAACCGGCUGGCUAAAGCACUGAAGAGGCAAAAUUACCACUGGAGCUCUGAAACAGUUUACCAGGAAGCUCGAAAAAUUGUUGGUGCCCUACAUCAGAUCAUUACCUUAAGAGACUAUAUCCCAAAAAUCAUUGGUCCAGAUGCUUUUAAUCAAUAUAUUGGACUAUAUAAAAGUUAUGAUCCCUCAGUAAAUCCCACAGUUUCUAAUGUCUUUUCAACAGCUGCUUUUCGUUUUGGUCAUGCCACAAUUCAGCCAAUAAUAAAGCGACUGAAUGCACAAUAUCAAGAUGAUCCAGACCUCCCAAAUCUUCAUUUACAUGAAGUUUUCUUUAGCCCCUGGAGGCUUAUAAAAGAAGGAGGUUUGGACCCGUUAUUAAGAGGUGUCCUAGCAAGGUCAGCAAAACUACAGAUGCAAGAUCAAAUGUUGAAUGAAGAAUUAACUGAAAAGCUGUUUGUAUUGUCAAAUAAUGGUUCGCUGGAUUUAGCAUCAUUAAAUUUACAACGUGGACGUGAUCAUGGACUCCCAGGUUACAAUGAUUGGCGAGAAUUCUGUGACUUACCAAGACUAGAGACUCAAACCUACAUGAAUACGAUUAUAGUUAACAAGAAAAUAGCUGAAAAAAUCAUAAAAUUGUACCAUCAUCCUAACAAUAUUGAUGUUUGGCUUGGUGGCCUAGCAGAAAACUUCCUUCCAGAUGCUAGAACUGGCCCACUGUUUGCAUGUCUAAUUGGAAAACAAAUGAAAGCACUGAGGGAAGGUGACCGAUUUUGGUGGGAAAAUGAUGAUAUUUUCACAGAAGUGCAAAGGCAUGAGCUCAAAAAACAUUCUUUGUCCCGCAUAAUCUGUGACAAUACAGGACUUUCAGAAGUGCCAGUUGAUGCUUUUCAACUUGGGAAGUUUCCUGAAGACUUUGAGUCAUGUGACAAUAUACCAGGAAUAAAUUUAGAAGCUUGGCAGGAAACCUAUGAGCAAGAGGAAACAUGUGGAGUCCCAAUGAAAGUGGAAAACGGUGACUUUGUAUAUUGUUCAGAACUCGGAAAAUCCAUAGUGAUUUAUUCAUGUCAAUUUGGAUUCCAGCUACAAGGAGAAGAACAAUUAACCUGUACAAAUAAAGAAUGGAAUUUUCCACCACCAGUUUGUAUGGACAUAAAUGAAUGUGAAAGCCACAUGAGUUCACCCUGCCACCCGUCUGCUAACUGUAUUAACACCAAAGGCAGCUAUGAAUGUCUUUGUUCUGAUCCCUAUGAGCUGGCAGAAGAUGGAAGAACUUGCAUAGAUUCUGGAAGACUUCCUAAAGGCUCUUUAGUUUCCAUCAUUUUAGGUGGUGUUCUGAUAAUUUGUUUAGCAGUACUAAGCUGGACACUAAUUUGUCAAUGGUAA